AAAGGAACGUACAACACCCGGAAUUCGCUGGUCGUCACCGACCCAACUACUACUCGGGCCCUCAGCAGCUUAACUAGGGCAGAGCGGACGGGAUGCCGUGCUUUCUGCUGGGUAUGGUCGUACGUGCCGGCUGCUUCUCGCAUAUGCGAUUAUAUGUUGGAAAGCUGA